UCAAAGAGGGAGUGGAAAAGAAAAGGCGCAGGCAGCUCGGUUUCCGGAGGACAAGGAUUGCGAAGAACAACCAGGAAGCGGCUGGGCUGGGAGUUGUCCGCGUUCCCGCUGUGCUGUAGAGGCGUCUUCCCUGGGUCCCUGCGCCGAGGCCUGGCACCCUUCGCGAGUCCUGUUCUAAGCUAGAUCCCGGCUCCGGCCGGCCGUUCCCGAGCUGUCAUGUCUUCCGACUUCGAAGGCUACGAGCAGGACUUUGCUGUGCUCACUGCUGAGAUCACCAGCAAGAUUUCCAGGGUCCCCCGGCUCCCUCCCGAUGACAAGAAGCAAAUGGUUGCCAACGUGGAGAAACAGCUUGAAGAGGCCAGAGAACUGCUUGAACAGAUGGAUCUGGAAGUCCGAGAAGUCCCGCCCCAGAGUCGAGGAAUGUACAGCAGCCGAAUGAGAAGCUACAAGCAAGAGAUGGGAAAACUGGAAGCCGACUUUAAAAGGUCACGGAUCGCCUACAGUGACGAAGUACGGAAUGAGCUCCUAGGGGAUGAUGGGAAUUCCUCAGAGAACCAGUUGAUAAAAUUACGUGAAGAGAGGGCACAUCUGCUGGAUAACACGGAGAGGCUGGAAAGGUCAUCGCGGAGACUAGAGGCUGGAUACCAGAUAGCAGUGGAGACCGAGCAAAUCGGCCAAGAGAUGUUGGAAAACCUGAGCCAUGACAGAGAGAAGAUACAACGAGCACGUGAUCGACUUCGGGAAACAGAUGCAAACUUGGGGAAAAGCUCCAGGAUUCUGACGGGGAUGUUGCGAAGAGUCAUCCAAAACCGCAUCCUGCUGGUCAUCCUGGGGAUCAUCGUGGUCAUCAGCAUCCUGACGGCCAUCACUUUUUUUGUCAAAGGACACUGAUGCAUCGGCUCUCCCUUGAUAAACAGUGAUCUUGGCUUGUUCUAAGUAAUUAAGACAAAAUGGUCACAUGAAUCAUUGUUCGCACUGACAGGCCCCGGU